AGCCAGGACGCGACGGGACGUCACAGGACGCGGGUCGGGGGUCGCGGGCGCGGCCCGGGGGGGCGGCAUGGACCGGAGGUGGGUCUUCGUGCUGCUCGACGUGCUGUGCGUCCUGGUCGCCUCUUUGCCCUUUGCCAUCCUGACUCUGGUGAACACCCCAUACAAGCGAGGAUUUUACUGUGGUGAUGACUCCAUCCGGUACCCUUACCGUCCAGACACCAUCACCCCUGGUCUCAUGACUGGGGUCACCGUCACCCUCACCGUCGUCCUUGUCUCGGCUGGGGAGGCUUACCUGGUGUACACCAACCGCCUGUACUCUCGCUCCGACUUCAACAACUACGUGGCAGCUGUAUACAAGGUGCUGGGGACCUUCCUUUUCGGGGCCGCAGUGAGCCAGUCCCUGACAGACCUGGCUAAGUACAUGAUUGGCCGCCUGCGGCCCAACUUCCUGGCCAUCUGCGACCCUGACUGGAGCCGUGUCAACUGCUCAGUCUAUGUCCAGCUAGAGAAGGUGUGCAGGGGGAGCCCAGCCAACGUCACUGAGGCCAGAUUGUCUUUCUACUCGGGGCACGCCUCGUUUGGCAUGUACUGCGUGGUGUUCUUGGUGCUCUAUGUGCAGGCGAGGCUUUGCUGGAAAUGGGCGCGGCUGCUGCGGCCCACAGUGCAGUUCUUUCUGGUGGCCUUUGCCCUCUAUGUUGGCUACACCCGAGUGUCUGACCACAAACACCACUGGAGCGAUGUCCUCGUUGGAUUCCUGCAGGGGGCGCUGGUGGCCGGCUUCACUGUCUGCUAUAUCUCUGACUUCUUCAAAGCUCGGCCGGUGCAGCACUGCCUGGAGGAGGAAGAGCUAGAACGGAAGCCUAGCCUGUCGCUGACACUGACCCUGGGCGAGGCCGAUUGCAACCACUAUGGAUACCCGGUGUCCUCCUGAGUCUGGUACCCAGACGGGGCCUCCCUGGACUGGCAGCAGUGGGGGUCCUGGUAGGACCCGCCCCUGGGCUAACCUCACUGGGGGCCCUGGCAGGACGCUCCCCUGGGCUGCCGGCACUGGGGGAACUGGCAGGACCCUCCUCUGGCCCUCCAGGCCUCACCUAGAAGGACCCCACUGGCCCUGGUUGGACGAGGAGGACCCUCCCCUCUUCUGUGCAUAGGAUUGGGACUCGGGGUUGCCUAGGGUGUUUGGGGGGGCAUUUUCCUCAGUGCACCCUGGGGAUCCCCUUUUCUUUUUUAGGGGCUAGGGAAGGGGACCAAGAGAUCAGAAUGGGAGCUGUUUUUUUAGAAGGGAAUGUACACGAGGCUUUUUAGUAAAAUAGAUGGUUUGACAAA